GUGGCCACAGGCUUGCUGACACAUACAGAGGACACAAAUGGCCGAUGGACCAGUCACAGUCAUUACUGAGCUAAGUAAUAAAACAAUACAGAGGGAUCUGAGUUAAGCGUAGAACAGGGAGAAGGAGCACUGAAUGGUGAGGAUAAAAGAAGGUCGGUUGCAGACUUCAGAGACAGCUCGGCUCUCUACGUACAGGAGAAAUCCUCUAUUUCCGUCAAAGCUUUGUCGGCACUAUAUCUGUCAAAAGUGGCAACUGCAGAGCCUCCAGGAAACCCUCUUAAAACCAGAACAGGAUCCCACUUCUCCAACUGGUAAAAGGCCAAAUCCAAGCAAGAUGGCUGAAGAGGCACAAAACAUAUCUAAACAUGCCAUUGCAAAUGUAAAGGGUGAUGCACCUGAAUCAAAUCCAUCUACACAUCAGCUGGAAACCUGCACUGAUGAACACAAGAGACCCUUUACCUCACCACCCCCAUCAAGAGAAGCAAUGUCCAAUUUGCACCAACGGCGACAGAAAUGUGAGCUUAAACGCCUGCUAAAACACACGUGUCCUGAGUUAAAAACAGUGGAUAGCAUGGUAGAGGAGGAGCUGGCUGAUAUUCUGAACCCCGACCCAGCUGAAGACACUGGAUACCAGGGUGAGGUCCAGUCCAGAUGCUGGCAAUUUGAGAACCACGCAAUCGACACAGUCGAUUUCCAUGGCCAAAAAGAACAACAGAUGAAGAGGGAUUUUCAAGACAAUAACGUCAAGAGAACCUCUGGCUUAUUUAAACAACUUUUGUCUGGCUCUCACAAUGAAGAGGGCAAACCACAACCAUUCUUUCAGUCCAGAAUUGAACCAAUCGAAUCAGAGGAAGUGAUAUCAGAGGAGGUCAUCAAAGUAGAUGUUAAAGCCACACGUAGGAUGUUUGAAACUCAACCUAUGGACACUCAGAGAGAUAGUCUGGAGAGUCCUUGUCCAAUAAGAAAUGUUGCGAUUGAGGAGAAAUGUGUGUCAAAUCAGAAACCGACGAAUGACACUUGCGACUACAAUGACAGUAAUAGAACAAAACCAUCAGACAUCCAACAAAACAGUGAUAUGAAUCUCUCAGAAACAAAUGAGGUAUUUGUGGGUAUAUCUAGAGCCAAACAAGUCUUUGAAAACAGAUCACAUAACAAAAAGGAUCUCUCUUCAACAAAUGAUUGCUUUAGCAAAGAGGAAGAAAUGCUGAAGGCCAAUGUAAGAAGCCGAGCCCAAAUGUUUGAAUCGACUCCACUUGAUAAGAUCAAUCAGCAAACCAAAGAAGAAUCAGAUACUAUGUUGGAGAACAUGGAAGAGACUCUCAUUUCUUUAUAUAACUUCAACAUCAUUCAUUCUGAAGGAACCCUUCUUGAAGCUAAUGAAACUGGACAUGUCAAGAAAGCAACAUAUAAUUUCAUCCAAGAUAUAAAACCUGAAAUUCAUGACGAAGAGAUAGCAACUGGAAGUAUAAAGAGCAUCAUGCUUCAGAUGCUGCCAGGAACAAACCUGGACCCAGUUGUAACCUUCUUAAAAGAGGACAAUCAGGGCAAUGUGGAGAUUCAUAAAGUAGAUGUUCCCACUCACCAACUUCCAUUCACUGUACAUCAAGAUAAAGACUGCAGAACUGCAAAUGUGGUGCAGAUCACUGAAGAUCUACUCAAUCAAGAGGAUCACCUGAGAAAAGGUGUUUUAAUACAAGAAGGUGCCACAGGAAUAAGAGAGAUGGCAGUUUAUGCUCUCUUCAGCCACAGUGAAGUGGUCAAGUUUGGCCAAAUGGAAUGUGAAUCCAUUUCUUCUUGUGAAAAGAAAAUUCCAGAGCCUGAAAAGGCUGAUCUCAAGACAGACUUCAGUUGCACAUCAGGUGCUAUGCAGGAAAAUGCUUUAGCAAUUAAUGUGGAUACAAACAGAACUAGAAAUGUGCAGCUAUUCCAAAGCUGCAUUGAGAAAGGAGAACCUGAACAUCUGAAAUAUCUACAGAAAGCAUCAUCAGAAGAAGAUUUAAGUGUUUCUCAUGUAGAAGGAGAUAAAACAAUUGAGAAUAUGCCAGGUAAUGUAAAAAGUAUAAAAGCCCUUUUCAUCACCACCAAUUUGGAUGCUACAAACCUAAAUCUGCAGCCACCUGAAAACAAGUCGAAAGUGUCACUUAAACAAACUGUGAGGACAUUUGAAAAUAAAAAGAUUGAAGAACCAAACCAGACAAAGGCUGAAAAAUGUGGAUAUAAUAUGCAACCAGAAAUAAUCCUACAAGAUCAAGACAUGAAAUAUAUUUGCAAAGGAAACAUGAAUGAUGGAGCUGUUCUUCAAGCAGAGCUGGUGGAUGCCGUAGAAGAUGACAAGUUACUGAAUCUACAAACAGCCAUUAUGAAUCUUCAUCAGGCAACAAUGGAGGCAAAAGCUCUUCAGCAGAGUGUGCAAGCAAAACAUCAACCUGCUUCUCAAACCAACCAAAUCCAACAGAUCAUUGAUCCUGGUUCAGUGAGCCAAGAGACUAUGAACAAAGACAGUAAUGUAAGUGUGAAUGAAGAGUCCUCACAGAUUACCAAAAAUGAAGAAGAAAAAGAAAAUAAGGGGGAGGUAAUGAGAGGUAGCAUACAAGCAGCUCUUGAUUCUUUAGGGAAGUCCAACUUUAAUGUCACAAAAGGGGAUUUUAGAGCUGUAAUGAUUUACAGGAAUGCUGGGAAAGGAUAUGCAGGACUCAAGAAGGAGACAGAUGUAAAAUCUCUUAAACAACCAAGUGGUAGGACAAUUGACUUAGAGGAAAAUAAGUCAUCAGCUUCUUCUCCUGAGCCUCAUGCUGAACAGGAGGCUCUAAAAGCACCAAGGGAGGGAGAUGAAACAGGCCCUUGUCAAAGGUCCCCUGAAAACAAACCAGUCAUAUGUUCCCCCAUGAUAAACCAAGUGCAUGGCUCCACAGAUACUCCUCUUAAGAAUCGUAAAAACCCCAUUGGACCUAAGCCAGCUAUCCCACCUAAACCAGAUCAUUUAAAGCCAAACGCAAAUGCAGGUGUUGCUCUUGGUUAUGAAACCAAUGCAGACCAUCUCAACAAUGGCCAAGUCAUUGCUACCUGUUCAAAACUGCCUAAUGAGGACAUUAAAGAACCUUCAUCUCCAAAACCAUGCCCAAACUCAAUGUCUUAUAAAGAUGUCCUCUGUAAAAAUGUACAGAACUCUGGUGAGGCCAAUGAAUUUGAUGCUUCCACACAAUCAAAGCUCAAUUUCAUGAAUGCAGUUGAAGAAACUCCAAAGAGCUCUGUAGAAAGUCUGCAGAGCAUGAAUGAAUCUUCAACAUUUCAUACAACUAUUCAAAACUUUAGGGUGAAGGUAGGUGGAUCAGUGCCACCAGUGAAACCUAAAAGAAUAAAAAUGGCUAAAGAUCAAGCAAAGAAUAUUGCAGAGAAUACCAAUAACAAUACUGCUGUUUUGCAAGCUGAAAUCAACAAUAGCUUCUCAUGUGACACCUACAAAAUAGACUAUAACAACUGUCAAGGAAGUAACGAUAAAUGUGAUGACCAACAAAAGAGUGGGGUAGUCUUGAGAGAAAAGAAAAUGAGGAGAGAGACUGAGGAUGAACGGAGGCAAAGACUCUCAGUCCACAUGGAUGAAAUCAUGAAAGGAAAUGUUGUGGCCGUCAUGGAGAUCUUCGACAAGCUGAAAAUGCAAGAGGAACUAAAGAGCAUACUCUCCAAAGUGGAGGAAAUCGAGGAAGACACCAAUGAAGUAGACGUGAGCUCUCUUAGAAACAUUUUUGAGAGCGUACCAGAUUGGGUUGUACCACGAGAAAAGAAAGCAGAGCCAAAGAUCGUCCAAAUGGAACAGAGAAGAGAAAGGCCAAGUGAACCUGAGAUGCUCUCAUCCAUGGAAGUGGCAUUUGAGGAUCUAGAGAAAGCUGGUGUUGAGAUAAUCCAUUUAAAAGAGCAAACACUUGCGAGACUUAUGGAUAUAGAGGAGGCCAUCAAAAAGGCCCUUUACUCAGUAUCAACUCUGAAAUCUGACUCUGACAUUGUAGGACUCUCUGGGCUCUUCAGGGAGUCCAUGGUUACAGUGCAAGGCUCACCUCCUUCAGGUAAUAUCAGGAAAAUCAGCAUUGGGUCAAGCAAAUCACCAAAAGCCCAAAACCAGAAUGGUCUUGGAACUCUUAGGAGGGGUGUACCUGGACAAUCUACAAAACAAGAGCAGAACUCAAAUCCAGAGCAUUUUAUUCCAACUACUAAACAGAAAUCUAUAUCUCCAGUGUCUCCUUCAUUCAUUUCCAUUCAGUCUGCAGCAAGGAAGUCUUCAGAGACACCAGUGCAUUCAACAUCUCAGAAAGCAGACCCAAAGGAAGAGGCAAAGCCCCAGUGUUGCUGUAAUGUGGCUACAGACCGCAGGCAAUGUUCUGUCACAAAGGAGCCCUCCUUCAGUCCUGCUAAUCAAAGACGGCAGGUCAGUGUGCUGGAAGUGCAAACAGUCCCUGAGGGAGAGAAAGUCAUCGGCACUAAAACAAUCAGUGAGAACUAUGAGAGGACGGACUGCUUUGGCAAUAAGUUCUACUCCUCCAAAACCUCCACAGUCGUGACAACUCAACCUGAAACCAGAACGACUUCUAAAAAGUUUAUAAUGAGUAGUCAGCCACGUCAGAAAUGGUCACAUACCCAAGAAUCAACACAUCUUUAAUCAAAGAGGACUGACCCUCACUGUAAAUGUGGGAGUAUGAUGUAGGAAAUGUAUUUCUGUUUUAGGUGAAAGUAAAAAAAAAAAAAAAAAAAAAAAAAAAAAAA